AGCGGCGCGGCAGCGGCGAUGAGUGCCUCGGCGGCCACGGGGGUCUUCGUGCUGUCCCUCUCGGCCAUCCCAGUCACCUACGUCUUCAACCACCUGGCUGCCCAACACGAUUCCUGGACAAUUGUGGGGGCUGCUGCCGUUGUCCUGCUCCUGGUGGCCCUGCUGGCUCGUGUCCUGGUCAAAAGAAAACCCCCUCGGGACCCACUGUUCUAUGUGUACGCGGUGUUCGGAUUUACCAGCGUCGUAAACCUCAUCAUAGGACUGGAGCAAGAUGGGAUCAUCGACGGGUUCAUGACACACUACCUGAGAGAGGGUGAACCGUAUCUGAACACAGCCUAUGGACAUAUGAUCUGCUACUGGGACGGCUCUGCUCAUUAUCUGAUGUAUCUGGUGAUGGUGGCAGCCAUAGCCUGGGAGGAAAGUUAUAGAACCAUUGGCCUAUAUUGGGUCGGAUCUAUUAUUAUGAGCAUUGUUGUUUUUGUGCCAGGAAACAUUGUAGGGAAGUAUGGAACACGUAUUUGCCCUGCCUUUUUCUUAAGCAUACCAUAUACUUGUCUUCCUGUCUGGGCUGGUUUCAGAAUCUAUAAUCAGCCAUCAGAAAAUUAUAAUUAUCCCUCAAAGGUCAUUCAAGAGGUCCAAGCAAAAGACCUGCUGAGAAGACCUUUUGAUUUAAUCUUGGUUUUGUGUCUCCUUCUGGCGACCGGAUUUUGCGUGUUUAGAGGCUUGAUUGCCUUGGAUUGCCCAGCUGAGCUCUGCCGAUUAUAUACGCAAUUUCAGGAGCCGUACCUAAAGGAUCCUGCUGCUUAUCCUAAAAUCCAGAUGCUGGCGUAUCUGUUCUAUUCCGUCCCUUACUUUGUGAUCGCGCUUUAUGGCUUGGUGGUUCCCGGAUGCUUCUGGAUGCCCGAUAUAACCCUGAUACAUGCUGGAGGUCUAGCUCAGGCUCAGUUUUCUCACAUCGGUGCUUCUCUUCAUGCUAGAACUGCUUAUGUCUACAGAGUCCCUGAAGAAGCGAAAAUCAUUUUUUUAGCCUUAAACAUAGCAUAUGGAGUUCUUCCCCAGCUCCUGGCCUAUCGCUGUAUCUACAGACCCGAAUUCUUCAUAAAAACAAAGGCAGAAGAAAAAGUUGAAUAAAAACAUUGUUUUAUGUUCUUUCUCUCCAGAUGACUGACUUUUGCUAUCUUGGUACCUAUGUGUGGUCCCAUUCUUCUCGUACAGGAACAUUUAUGAAUACAUCAAUUCUUGCUCUGUACUCUGUACCAUAGGAAUUAUGUGGGUAAAUAUUUUUUUGAAGGAAAAUUGAAGUUAUUCAGAAAGUCUGUUUAAAGAGAUACAUUUCAAGGUAUUUGUGAAUAAACAACCACCUAUCUCAAUAUUCUGUUUGCAUAUAUUAAAUGUAAGUGUGAAAAAUUAAAUUUAGUUCCUAUAAUAAUGACAUGAAAAGGAAACUAUUUGAAAGUGAAAAUGGCCUAUGCAUAUUAAAAAUUUCAAACUAGCAAAUACAGAUUGGAGAAAUAUUUUUGCAUAUAAGAUGUAUACGCUUUAUGAUCAACCUCAUUAUAAAAGACAAAUUAUCCGAACAUUUAAAAAUGUUGUUUGAAAAGUGUUUUCCCAGGGAAAGUGAAUUAUUCACUGCUGUUUCAAAAACUGCUUUCACUGAAAAAAAUUUUUUUUCCCAUUUCACUGAAAUUUUCUAUUGAGUCUAAACAGCUAAGAAGGGAUCUAUAACUUUAUUAUUACCUUUAUUUUACUGGUGACUGGAAAUAUUUCUAUUGUGUUUCUGUAUAUAUUUUUAAUAAAUUAUUUUUAGCCUUUUAUGAAGACAAAUCUUAUGAAAUUUGAAACAUUUUGUGUAUUUUCUUUUUCAGAAAAAGUUCUGUGGUCUUUAGCUUUUCUGUUUUAAAAAUCUGUCAGUCAUAUGUUCCAAUUCGAAAUGUCAUCUACGUUCUCCUUAUGUUUUAGUGUGAGUGAUGAAGAGGACUUUUGAUGAAUUAAUUAAAUUUCCUUGAUUUUAAAUUAAAAUAUUCAAAAUUAAAAAGUACCUUGUAAGGACAAAGAACUGGA